AAAGGAAUCGGAUGGGAAAUUAUUACGGACUUUCAGACGAUAAUUUGUGAAGAAGAGCCGUACCUCGUUUGUGAUUAUUACUUUAAAUCGAAUCGAUAAUUCAGUUAUUUGUUGAAAAGGUGUGGUAAUUCAGACUUACAGCUUUUGACAAAACCAUCAUCAUGCAGAUUUUCGUCAAGACAUUGACUGGCAAAACCAUCACACUAGAAGUUGAGGCCUCUGACACUAUUGAGAAUGUUAAAGCUAAAAUCCAAGACAAAGAAGGCAUUCCUCCAGACCAGCAGAGGCUUAUCUUCGCCGGUAAGCAGCUAGAAGAUGGACGCACGCUAUCUGACUACAACAUUCAGAAGGAAUCCACUCUUCACUUGGUCCUGCGUUUGAGAGGUGGUAUGCAGAUUUUCGUCAAGACCUUAACUGGAAAAACCAUCACACUAGAAGUUGAGGCCUCUGACACUAUUGAGAAUGUUAAAGCUAAAAUCCAAGACAAAGAAGGCAUUCCUCCAGACCAGCAGAGGCUUAUUUUCGCCGGUAAGCAGCUAGAAGAUGGACGCACUCUAUCUGACUACAACAUUCAGAAGGAAUCCACUCUUCACUUGGUCCUGCGUUUGAGAGGUGGUAUGCAGAUUUUCGUCAAGACCUUAACUGGCAAAACCAUCACACUAGAAGUUGAGGCCUCUGACACUAUUGAGAAUGUUAAAGCUAAAAUCCAAGACAAAGAAGGCAUUCCUCCAGACCAGCAGAGGCUUAUUUUCGCCGGUAAGCAGCUAGAAGAUGGACGCACUCUAUCUGACUACAACAUUCAGAAGGAAUCCACUCUUCACUUGGUCCUGCGUUUGAGAGGUGGUAUGCAGAUUUUCGUCAAGACCUUGACUGGAAAAACCAUCACACUAGAAGUUGAGGCCUCCGACACAAUUGAAAAUGUUAAGGCAAAAAUCCAAGACAAAGAAGGCAUUCCUCCAGACCAGCAGAGGCUUAUCUUCGCCGGUAAGCAGCUAGAAGAUGGACGCACUCUAUCUGACUACAACAUUCAGAAGGAAUCAACUCUUCACUUGGUCCUGCGUUUGAGAGGUGGUAUGCAGAUUUUCGUCAAGACCUUAACUGGAAAAACCAUCACACUAGAAGUUGAGGCCUCUGACACUAUUGAGAAUGUUAAAGCUAAAAUCCAAGACAAAGAAGGCAUUCCUCCAGACCAGCAGAGGCUUAUUUUCGCCGGUAAGCAGCUAGAAGAUGGACGCACUCUAUCUGACUACAACAUUCAGAAGGAAUCCACUCUUCAUUUGGUCCUGCGUUUGAGAGGUGGUAUGCAGAUUUUCGUCAAGACCUUGACAGGCAAAACCAUAACACUAGAAGUUGAGGCCUCUGACACUAUUGAGAAUGUUAAAGCUAAAAUCCAAGACAAAGAAGGCAUUCCUCCAGACCAGCAGAGGCUUAUCUUCGCCGGUAAGCAGCUAGAAGAUGGACGCACUCUAUCUGACUACAACAUUCAGAAGGAAUCAACUCUUCACUUGGUCCUGCGUUUGAGAGGUGGUAUGCAGAUUUUCGUCAAGACAUUGACUGGCAAAACCAUCACACUAGAAGUUGAGGCCUCUGACACUAUUGAGAAUGUUAAAGCUAAAAUCCAAGACAAAGAAGGCAUUCCUCCAGACCAGCAGAGGCUUAUCUUCGCCGGUAAGCAGCUAGAAGAUGGACGCACUCUAUCUGACUACAACAUUCAGAAGGAAUCCACUCUUCACUUGGUCCUGCGUUUGAGAGGUGGUAUGCAGAUUUUCGUCAAGACCUUGACUGGAAAAACCAUCACACUAGAAGUUGAGGCCUCUGACACAAUUGAAAAUGUUAAGGCAAAAAUCCAAGACAAAGAAGGCAUUCCUCCAGACCAGCAGAGGCUUAUCUUCGCCGGUAAGCAGCUAGAAGAUGGGCGCACGCUAUCUGACUACAACAUUCAGAAGGAAUCCACUCUUCACUUGGUCCUGCGUUUGAGAGGUGGUAUGCAGAUUUUCGUCAAGACCUUAACUGGAAAAACCAUCACACUAGAAGUUGAGGCCUCUGACACUAUUGAGAAUGUUAAAGCUAAAAUCCAAGACAAAGAAGGCAUUCCUCCAGACCAGCAGAGGCUUAUUUUCGCCGGUAAGCAGCUAGAAGAUGGACGCACUCUAUCUGACUACAACAUUCAGAAGGAAUCCACUCUUCACUUGGUCCUGCGUUUGAGAGGUGGUAUGCAGAUUUUCGUCAAGACAUUGACUGGCAAAACCAUCACACUAGAAGUUGAGGCCUCUGACACUAUUGAGAAUGUUAAAGCUAAAAUCCAAGACAAAGAAGGCAUUCCUCCAGACCAGCAGAGGCUUAUUUUCGCCGGUAAGCAGCUAGAAGAUGGACGCACUCUAUCUGACUACAACAUUCAGAAGGAAUCCACUCUUCAUUUGGUCCUGCGUUUGAGAGGUGGUAUGCAGAUUUUCGUCAAGACCUUGACAGGCAAAACCAUAACACUAGAAGUUGAGGCCUCUGACACUAUUGAGAAUGUUAAAGCUAAAAUCCAAGACAAAGAAGGCAUUCCUCCAGACCAGCAGAGGCUUAUUUUCGCCGGUAAGCAGCUAGAAGAUGGACGCACUCUAUCUGACUACAACAUUCAGAAGGAAUCCACUCUUCACUUGGUCCUGCGUUUGAGAGGUGGUAUGCAGAUUUUCGUCAAGACAUUGACUGGCAAAACCAUCACACUAGAAGUUGAGGCCUCUGACACUAUUGAGAAUGUUAAAGCUAAAAUCCAAGACAAAGAAGGCAUUCCUCCAGACCAGCAGAGGCUUAUUUUCGCCGGUAAGCAGCUAGAAGAUGGACGCACUCUAUCUGACUACAACAUUCAGAAGGAAUCCACUCUUCACUUGGUCCUGCGUUUGAGAGGUGGUAUGCAGAUUUUCGUCAAGACCUUGACUGGAAAAACCAUCACACUAGAAGUUGAGGCCUCCGACACAAUUGAAAAUGUUAAGGCAAAAAUCCAAGACAAAGAAGGCAUUCCUCCAGACCAGCAGAGGCUUAUCUUCGCCGGUAAGCAGCUAGAAGAUGGACGCACUCUAUCUGACUACAACAUUCAGAAGGAAUCAACUCUUCACUUGGUCCUGCGUUUGAGAGGUGGUAUGCAGAUUUUCGUCAAGACCUUGACUGGAAAAACCAUCACACUAGAAGUUGAGGCCUCUGACACUAUUGAGAAUGUUAAAGCUAAAAUCCAAGACAAAGAAGGCAUUCCUCCAGACCAGCAGAGGCUUAUUUUCGCCGGUAAGCAGCUAGAAGAUGGACGCACUCUAUCUGACUACAACAUUCAGAAGGAAUCCACUCUUCACUUGGUCCUGCGUUUGAGAGGUGGUAUGCAGAUUUUCGUCAAGACAUUGACUGGCAAAACCAUCACACUAGAAGUUGAGGCCUCUGACACAAUUGAAAAUGUUAAAGCUAAAAUCCAAGACAAAGAAGGCAUUCCUCCAGACCAGCAGAGGCUUAUCUUUGCUGGUAAGCAGCUUGAAGAUGGUCGUACUCUGUCCGAUUAUAAUAUUCAAAAAGAGUCAACGCUACAUCUUGUUUUAAGAUUGAGAGGUGGAGUUUACAAACAGUAAAUAAUUUAAAAUUAUGAUCAAUAUUAAAUAAAACAUUGCAACUACAUUAA